ACGGGAGGCUGGUCCUGGGUGCCUUGUGUGUCUUUUGAGGAAUAAGAGGAAGGGGAACCGGCGGGGAGAAAGGAGGGCAGUUGGGGACGUCGCUUCAGUCAGCGAGGCCUGGAGCCGGUUACAUCCACAGGCUUCUGGUCAGGGGGCAGAGAGUUCAGAAAGGGUCUGCGUGGAGGGAGGGAGGGAGGGAGGGAGGGAGGGGGUCGCGGUUCUUUUGAUCUGUAUAAAGCGGCUUCUUCCUCCUUGCCUCCCCUGGUUCCGAAGUAGAGUGUCGUUGGAGGGCGAGCGUGUCUGCAGCUGGGACGAGGCGCUGGGUCAGGGUCCGCUGCCGUUGAAGCGUGGCAAGGGAAGGGGCGUUGAGGGAGUUGGGGUCGUCAGCCAGGAGAGUGGAGUGGGGUCCGUGCGUUUUGCGCCCCCGCCCCCCCCCCCCCGUUGUUGGAACAGGCGUUGGGUCUCGCUUCGGUCGGGGGGCGCCCAGUUGGCAGGUGUUUGCCGCAGUUGAGGGCCAUCCGGAGUUGAGAAGAUUUACAGAUUUAGUAGAGGGCUGAUUUUAGUGAAGGUGUGAUUCGCUGACCGGCCCAGGAUGGCGCCGCUGCUGUCUCUAGGGAUCGGGCUGUUGCUGCUGCUGCUAUGGGCUAGGUACAAGGGGAUAGAGUAUGUGCUGGUCCAUCAUCGUUGGAUUUUUGUGUGCCUCUUCCUGAUGCCCCUUUCAGUCCUUUUUGACAUUUGCUAUCAGUUCCGCGCUUGGGCUGUACAGAAGCUUCACAGUGCUCCUUUGCAGCAUAGCCAACGGGUUCACCACAUCCAGGCACAGGUGCGGAAAUGGAAAAAAGAAGGCCAAAAAACAUACAUGUGCACUGGUCGUCCUGGCUGGCUCACAGUAUCUCUUCGUGUUGGAAAAUACAAGAAGACUCAUAAGAAUAUAUCCAUCAAUUUGAUGGAUAUUUUGGAGGUUGAUAUUGAAAGACAGGUUGUCCGUGUGGAACCCUUGGUUACAAUGGGUCAGUUAACAGCACAUCUCAACUCCUUGGGCUGGACUAUUCCAGUGGUACCAGAGCUUGAUGAUCUUACAGUAGGUGGCUUGAUCAUGGGAACUGGUAUAGAGACAUCUUCACAUAUCUAUGGACUAUUUCAGCACACCUGUAAGGCCUAUGAAAUCGUACUUGCUGAUGGAAGCCUCGUGAGAUGUACACCGGAUGAGAACCCAGACCUAUUUUACGCAGUGCCUUGGUCUUGUGGUACCCUGGGAUUUCUGGUUUCAGCUGAAAUAAAUAUUGUCCCAGUUAAAAAAUAUGUAAAAUUGCAUUAUGAACCUGUGAGAGGGUUGAAAGCUAUAUGCAAAAGAUUUAAUGAAGAAUCUGAAAAGAAAGAAAACCAUUUUGUGGAGGGGUUGGUGUACUCGUUUGAAGAAGCUGUCAUAAUGACAGGAAUUCUGACUGAUGACGCUGAUCAGAGCAAGAUUAAUAGCAUUGGAAACUACUAUAAGCCGUGGUUCUAUAAGCAUGUGGAGAAGUAUUUGAAGGCUAACAAGACAGGAAUAGAGUAUAUACCAACAAGACAUUACUAUCACAGGCAUACACGGAGCAUUUUCUGGGAACUCCAGGACAUAAUUCCUUUUGGAAAUAAUUCUGUUUUCCGCUACUUAUUUGGCUGGAUGGUACCUCCUAAAAUCUCUCUUUUAAAACUGACUCAAGGAGAAGCAAUGAGAAAGCUCUAUGAACAGCAUCAUGUGGUUCAAGACAUGAUGAUUCCUAUUAAAAGUCUUGAAAAAUGUAUUGAAACCUUCCACAGUGACAUAAAAGUUUAUCCCCUGUGGCUGUCACCUUCAUAUUACCCGAACUCUUCCUGGCAUGGUUCACCCCGGGAGAUAAAAACAGAGCAUAAUAUGUGGAUGUUCCGGGAUCUAUCGUUUACCCCAAACAAAACACUUUAAUGCCAUGGCUUCUACCAGACAAAUGGAGAAAUUUGUAAGGAGUAUACACGGGUUUCAGAUGUGAUGGCCGGGUGCCUAUGGACUCGUGAGGAAUUCUGGGAAAUGUUUGAUGGUUCCCUAUACCACAAGCUGAGGAAGGAACUUCAGUGCAAUGAUGCUUUUCCAGAGGUUUAUGAUAAAAUCUCCAAAGCUGCAAGACAUUAAAUCUCUAACCUCAACAAAUAAUCAGGGAAACCGGAUUUCAAAAAAACUUACAGCAUUUCUUAUACAAACUCAAUGCUGGUGGCAAGCCAAAAGAUGCCUACGCAUGGUUGAUUUGAAAAUGCCCAUAAAACACCUUUCUUUGGGAGAUAUUACCAAUUGUGUCCGCAUUAUAUUUUAAUACUGUUAAUGAAUCUCAGUUGUAAACUGUAAGGUUUGCAGCUUAAGUCCAGGGGAGGAGGGGUAGUAAAGUGGUGGCCAGGGACAGCGCUGCCACCCUACCUCCAAUUGGCAAUCAGUGGCACAGAUGCCAGGGAAGAAGGGAAGAACCUUUGCAGCUUCCUGGAAAAGCCCAGUACAUAGAGGGGGUGGCUUAUGCCGGGCAUUUUGGGUGGGGACAGUCAGUGCCACUCAGGAGGCGCGACAUUUCUGACCUGAAAAGUACAAGUGAGACCUAGGCAAAUAGUGGGGUCCACAUCCAGAGGUCUCCCCUAUGACAGCAAAUAAUUACAGAACCAUUUGCAGGGGCCAGUUUCUGGGUUUGACCACACAGUGACCCAAUAUCAAGGUUAGUGGCCCAAGGCCAGCGUCCAUGCCACUUUUCACAGCAUAGUGGGCACUGACGUUGGCGUACGGAUCCUGGUUCUUUCAGUACAGCUGCAGCACCUCCUCCCAUUUGGAUUGCUCAGUUAGUCAUAGCUAUAGAUCCCUCCAUACUUGCAUUUGGUUAUGUACUAUAGGAGGCAAGUGGAAAAGUCUAAAACUAAGUAGAAGAGUAAUGUAUAACUUCAGUAAUAUUUCUGAUUAGAAAAUGCCAGUGGAGUUUUAUGGGAGCUUUAGCAUUUGGAAAAUUUCUGCAUGAGUACGUAAAUCUAACAUGCAUUAGAUCUGCAAUUAAUAAAUCUUUUUAUGUGAACACCUUGGAAGUUGUAACUUGGGGUUAGCUUGAGCCAGCGUGAGUUGUUUCUGACUUCACUUGUUAUUCCGUAAAGGUGUCCAUGCAAUCAGCAAAAAAUAUUGUUUGCAUACUUUGACUGGGGAGAAGCUUAAUAUAUGUUCCCCUGUCUAUAGUAAACCACUGUUUUUAAAGUAUUUUUGCUUAGUUUCAUGCAAGUUCUCUCUUGAAACUGUUAUGUUUGGGGAGGGGUUGUAUGCUAUUUUUUAGUGUUGAUGCUUUGGUUACAAGAUUCAAUUCAAUUCAACCUUUAAUGGCAUAUACAAGAUAUGAAACAUUCUUGAAUGAUUCUUACCUUAAGUUGCAGAAGCCAGAUUAACAGGUUUCUAACAUGCUUGUUGGAAAUACAGACCUGAUCUGAUGUGUAAGAGGACCAAAGAAAUGGUCAUUAAUUUGUAACUGAACAGAAAAAUGUUUCAUUUGUUUCUGUGCCUCCUAUUUUAUGCUUUUUAUGUAAUGUGAAGAAAAUAUGGUGGUGUUGGAGUUAUGUAGUAGUUGAUGUGCAGUAAUCAGGUGGUAUCUGUUCCUGCCUUUACUACUGACAGAUUUUGCUGAUAUCACUCAGGGUGGUUCCACAAUAUGACCUUUUUGCCAGUGGCGUAUUUACCCAGGGACAAGGGGUACCCUCUGUCCCCAGGCGCCAUUUUACCUUAAUACACCUCUGCUUUUUGCACUGCUAAAGGAUGCCUACUAGGCAGCAAACAGAAUAAAAAGGAGGUGGGUACACAGCACAAUAUUAAGUGCUAUGUUCCCCAUUCACACAGGACAUGUAGAAAGAUUGCUAUUUGGAAAUACAGCCUCUUCACCAAAGGUCCAAGUUUUCCCUGCCUUUUUGUGUUUUGGUUCCUUUGUUUUUUAGCCUGCUAAAUACCAUUUUUUCUUUACCUGUCUA